CCCGUUUUUUCAGUUGUCGAACAUACUGUCUUACAGCAGCAACGAUGGCAAGAACAAAGCAGACCGCUCGUAAAUCUACCGGUGGAAAGGCUCCACGCAAACAGCUGGCUACCAAGGCCGCUCGCAAGAGCGCACCAGCAACCGGCGGUGUCAAGAAGCCUCACAGAUACAGGCCAGGAACCGCCGCCCUUCGUGAAAUCAGAAGGUACCAGAAGAGCACCGAGCUCCUCAUCAGGAAACUGCCAUUCCAGCGCCUGGUUCGUGAAAUCGCUCAGGACUUCAAGACUGACCUCCGAUUCCAGAGCUCCGCUGUCAUGGCUCUCCAAGAGGCCAGCGAGGCUUACCUGGUCGGCCUUUUCGAGGACACCAACUUGUGCGCCAUCCACGCCAAGCGUGUCACCAUCAUGCCAAAGGACAUCCAGCUCGCACGCCGUAUUCGCGGUGAACGUGCGUAAGCUUUUGCACUUGGCUAAAACACAAACAACGGCCCUUUUUAGGGCCACAUAAA